CGGGGUGCUGGGCUGGCCGGGUCCGUCCCUGUCGCAGGCCCUCCCCUUGCUCCCCCAGCCCCUCCUCCCCCGGGGAGCCGAGCGGAGGCGAGUUGAGGCUGGGGGAGAGUCCUGCUCCGCUCCGCGGGCCGCUGGCAGCCGCGCUGGAGGGCCGGCAGAGCAGCGAAGAUGGCCCUGCUGCCGCGGCGAGUCCUCUGCUUUCUGCUGGCCCAUCAUUUCAUCACAGCCACAGCGUGCCAGGAGGCUGAGUACAGCUGGAUGAUCCAGCACUACUGCCUGAAGCAGUUCCAGCUCACCAUGGAGGGCAUUGGACAGAGGCUCUGGUGUGACUGGGAUGAGACCGUGGGCACCUACGGGGAGCUCACCAACUGCACGGCGCUGAUCGCCGAGAGGCUCGACUGCUACUGGCCCAACCACCUGGUGGACGAGUUCUUCGUGGCCAUCCACAAGCAAUACUUCAGGAACUGCUCGCCCUCCGGCCGGGCCCUGCGUGACCCCCCCAGCGGGGUCCUCUGCCCCUUCAUCUUCCUGCCCAUCCUCAUCACCCUGCUGAUGACUGCACUGGUAGUGUGGAGGAGCAAACGCAGCGAGGGCAUCAUGUAGGGGCAGUGCUGCUGCUGGUGCAGGGGAGGGGUGGCAGGACCCUCCCUGGAACGUGCCCAUUUAUUUUUUUUAUUUUUGGAAGCCCCUGGCAGAGGAGCAUCACUGGGGGUACCAAGCCCCAGAGGCAGAGAGGUCAGUGGCACUGCUCCUCCCUCAUCGGUACCCUCUGGCAGUUCACCAGCAGUUUCCAAAUAAAUAUGAGAUUUAGGACUCAGUUGUUGGCUGAUCUAGGAUGCCCGUGGCCAUCUGGGGCUGCCUGGUGGUGGGGUACCAGGGAGCAGGAUUUGCCCUGGGCAUUGGCACAGUCACUGCUUUGGCUCUGCUCAGCACUUCCCAGAUGCUUCCCCCCCCAGCACCACGUGCCAAGAGAGGAAAAAUUAUAAAGGAAAAAAAAUAAAAUAAAAAAAAAGGGUGGAGGCCCCACAGUACCGGAGGUGUUGGCAGGCAUCACUGCAAGCCUGUUGUGUUUGGGCACAAAUCUGGACAUGAAACCACCACAGCUUUCUCUUCCUGGCUUUUUUUUUCCCCCCCCCCCAUGCCAGGAAAGGUAUCUUCUACCCCAGCACAAGAACAAAGCCUGGGAAAUGGGGAGCAGUGGAUGAAGGUUGGCAGCAAAAGCUGAUGGCAGCAGUGGUGGACUUGGCAGUGCCCUGGGGCUCACAAGCAACAGGAAUAAGGUGCUUUUCCUACCUAAAUAAAUAUAAA